ACUUCAAGUUUGAACAGUUCCUUGCGCCAAUCGAAUGCGUUGCGCCCGCGACCAGCCAGGGCAUGGGCGCUGCAGCUGCAGCUAGCAUCUUCGAUUCUUCUCCAAUUGGGUUUCACAAAAACAUAAUUCACUGCCAGGGGCGGUGUCAAUUCCCUGCUGACUUGCUGGUGGCAUCUGUAUCUUCUCAGCGCCUCAAUUUGGUGUAUGUUGCGGUGGCACACGGCAUUGGCCCGAGGCCCGGGCAAUCGCUGAAGUUGUAUAACCUUGUUGAUGAAGCAAUUCCAGUACUGCAAGGCCUGUCGUCGAAGCCACGACCAGCACCGUCAGCACCUCUAUACUAAGAAGCACAUUACCAACAUGGAGGCCUUGCUGGCCAAAGCCCGCAAGAAAUUGAAAGAAGUGCGGCAGUACGUCCGCAGCCCUGCCCUGGUUAGAGAUGCUGACCAGGCCCGGAACCAGCUGUGGUGCAUUUUCUGUGAUGAAGAUGUCAUCGCAGGGUCGUCUACAUUUGCAUGUGAAAACCCCAUCAAGCACCUAGCCAACCAGAGCCAUGUGGAGCAAGUGCGGCUCUUCUUGUUGGCCAAUCUGCUUGACCGCAGCCGUCUCGACGACUUCACCAUCUUGGAGAAAGACUUUUUAAAGUGGGAGACGCAGUCGGCGAAACUACUGCCCCCGCCCCGUCCCAGCCCUGGCAAUCCUCCAAAACCGCCACAUCCGCAUGUCUCUUCUGCUCCUGCGCCCCGUAGCCUCCAGGAAUGGCUCUGCACCAGAGGACACUGGUGGCCCACUACUGAGCAAGAAGGACUCCUCCCAGGACUCUCAGCGACUCCAGAUUGCCCCGUCCCUUUGAUCCUGUUAGGAGACGCCCACGCAUGCCGAGAAAGGGCUGGCUUUCGCCGACCUCGUUUCCGCUGGGCGUUCGCGGACCUGAGUUUUGCUGAACUUACUGGCAACUCGUCUAAAGCAGGUCGCAUCAUUGAAAAUUGA